UCACCCGGACCAACGGCCACGAACAACCGGACCAACGGCCACGAUCAACUCGGCUAUGGAGAAACCGGACCAAAUGAUUUCCUUCGCUUUCUUCGAAUCAAGCACUUCUCUGGUCCGAAAGAAAAUCUUCAUGCUCGUGCUUGUUUCUCUCUUCCCUCGAUCUCCGGUCUCACCGGUCUAGCAUAUGUCCGAUUUUUACCGUAUACAAUCUUAGCCCACUAAAGUGCAUUGACCGACUAAUGUGAUUGGCGCUGAGUAGACCAAAUGGAGAGUAAAUCGCUCUCUAUCAUAAAGUAUUCCGUUAACUCAACACAAAAAGUGAAAAAAUCUCACCCAACGCACUAUUAGGCGAUUUUCCUUUUGUUUGCUAACCGAUUAUACCGUUGGCCCCAGCCAUUGUGUCAAUAGCCAGGCUCUAUCUAAUUUACUUUUCUCUUUCUUUCUAAAAUUUACUCUCACCUCAGUUCACGCCAUUUCAGUCCCCUCUCUCUCUUGUUGCCUGAGAAAAGUCCCACUAGAUUUUCUUGUUGAUUAUUCAAUCUGGGACCUCAUAUUUCUUUUUCAUUAUCCCCAUAGCGUGCACAUGAGCACAAAUAAGAGAGAGUGACUCAGGAAUCUGACAGCCCAGCCACCAUUAUUUCCUUGUAUAAACAACAACUCCUUUUGCCCUUCCUUUCUUCUUCCUAUUUGACCUGCCCUGAUUUUCCCAAAAGCUACCAAAAGAAAGCUACCAAAAGAAGAAAAAACAAGCUAUGAAGAAAAUGCUUCUUUGUUUGUUACCUCUUGUCCUGAUCAUUCUCUCCAAUGUAGAACAAGUGCAAGGAAUCAGUGCUGUUGAUUUAUCUGCUUUACGUGAAAUCAAGAACAGUCUCACCGACAUAUCUUCCUCUUCUCCAAAUCCAUUUUUUACAACCUGGGAUUUCACUACUUCAGACCCAUGUUCCACUUUUGCCGGAAUUACUUGCUCUUCUUCUAUUCCAAAACGUGUCACUACUCUCAAUCUUGGCACUGGUCUUUCAGAUUCACCUGGCCUUGCUGGCACAUUAUCUCCAGCCAUCUCUAACAUCUCCGAGUUAACUCAACUAAUCCUUUUCACCGGCAUUGUCACUGGUCCAAUCCCAUCACAACUCGGAACACUCAAAAAACUCAGCGUCAUCUCUCUCACCAACAAUCGCCUCACCGGGUCCAUACCAGCUUCCAUUUUCUCUCUACCGAAUCUCCAUACUCUCGAUUUAAGUCACAAUCAACUCACAGGAACAAUCCCCGGUUCAAUAUCCACGCUGUCAGACUUGAAGGUGGUUAUUCUCGGAUCCAACAAACUAAGUGGAGUAAUUCCGCAGCUACCUGCUGAAUUACUCCACUUGGACUUGAGUAACAAUGAGUUCUCGGGAAUGUUGCCUAAAAGAAUGCCGUUAACGCUCCGUUAUCUGUCAGUAUUAGGAAACAGUUUGUGGGGACCACUCAGUACACUCGAAUCACUCUCAGAGUUAGUGUACCUCGACUUAAGCAUGAACCGUUUCAGUGGGCCCAUCCCUACAUCACUCUUUCGUGCCACGUUGUCAUCAAUGUUCCUUCAACGGAACAAUUUCACUGGAGGGGUCCCUCAACUGCCACCAACAUCAUCGUUAUACGGUCCAGGAUCCACGGUUGAUCUAAGUCACAACUAUCUCACCGGUGAACUCACUAACACUCUCACCGGAGUAGAAACGUUGUUCCUUAACAACAACAUGUUUACAGGAUCAGUGCCUAGGGAUUACGUGGAAAGUGUUUACAGUGGCAACACGAAAACUCUGUAUUUGCAACAUAAUUAUAUUGCUGAGUUUCCAGUGGUGGAGGGAUUAGCAUUACCGGAUUCAGUAGCAUUGUGUUUGUCGUACAAUUGUAUGGUACCACCGGUGCCGGUACUGGAGUUCAUGGCUUGUCCUGCUAGUGCCGGCGACAUCAUUUCGAGACCAGUCAACCAGUGCUCUGCUUUUAAUACUUCCAUGGCAUAAGCUAAAAAUUUCCGAUUUCUGUUACAACAGCACAUGAUGUUAACAUAUAAUACGUAUACAUAUUUUUAUUGAUUCAGUGUUCUGUUUUUUUUUUUUUAGUUCAAAUUAGUCUCUUGUUUUAGGUUAAAGUUACUAGUUUGAACAAUUGUAAUUCUCUUGACUUGAGCAUAAUUUUGACAGUGUUUUUAUGUA